UAAUUUUACACUUUCGUCACAUUAUUUGUGGUGAAACUCUUGAGAAAAUACAUAAAACUGGAUACAAAAAGUAAUAGGAAGUCAGAAUCUUCCCCAACUCUUACAAAGAAAAAAAAACAAAACAAAAAAGCCGCUGCCUGACAUACCUGACACAAAGAACAAAGUCUCCUUUGAUGGAACUGCUAUCUCUGACCAAGAAGACUCCACUAUCUCUCUCCUUCAGUAGAAUACUGUUGGUUUCUGUACGUGUUAACUGGCCAAAGUACCAGCUGGAAAAACAAAUAAUUGAAUUUAUUCAAUGCAACACUGUUCAGUUGAACGAUCUUCAGAAAACCUCCAAUCGGGAAAAUAAACAAGGGAAUUUUUAUAAGAUGAACAGGGGAGCAUGUUUUCUCAUAGAGAUUUCAAUUGUUGAUGACAUGCAGCCGGGCAUGCAGCCUUGUGAAGUCCUGUCGAUGCCGUAUCUAGUGCUCACCAUAAAUAAAUGGCAUCUUGAUUUUUUAUCACCAUUCC